AUGGUCAACCUUGCUCGGGCAUUGACUAAACUAGCUAAGCGUUCGAAACAGGCAUGUCAUAUUGAUUGUCAACGAGACUACGAUGGUUUUAUGGCCCAUGUUUCAAGACGUGCGAACGUUGCACAGCAAGUAGUCGAUCACAGGACUAAAGCUAUCGCAGCCAACAGAGAAAAAUUGAGGUCCAUUAUCAAAUGCCUAGUCUUUUGUGGCAAACAGAAUCCUGCUUUAAGGGGACAUCGCUCCGAAAGUUUCAGUGCUACUUCAUCUGACACCGAAACAAACCCUGGCAACUUUUUAGCUUUGCUAAAGUUUCGCAUUGAUGCUGGAGACACUGCCUUGGGUACUAGUUUUCAGUUACAAGGAAGAGGACCAAAAAACGUUACCUACUGUUUACCUCAAAUCCAAAAUGAUCUUUUGGAAUGCAUUGAAGGCUGGAUUCCGGACACGCUCUUGGAAUCCGUUCGAGCAGCCCCAUUCUUUUCACUCUGUGCUGAUGAAGCAGAUGAUGCUUCAAACAAGGAGCAGAUGCCUCUCAUUAUUCGACACAUUGAUAGGCAAGGUUAUGUCCGUGAAGACUUCUUUGAAUUUGUGUUGUGUGACACUGGGACAACUGGCCAUGCACUAGCAGAAAAGGUCACGAACGAGGUCACUGAGUUUGGGCUAGCACUGAGUAAGCUGCGGGGUCAGUCAUAUGAUGGAGCUGGAAACAUGGCUAGACGCUUGAACGGUAGUGCUGCAGAACUACACCUUGCUAUUGUUAGCUGCUUGAAUGUGCAGCAGGUGAAGAACAUGUGGUGUGUCUUGAAAGAAGUUGGCCUCCUUUUCAGCAAUUCACCUAAGCGGCAGUCAGCAUUGGAAGUUCAGAUAGAUACUCUGCCUUUUGCUAUCUCCAACAGAAGAAAGCUAGUCGAUCUAUGUCGCACCAGAUGGAUGGCACGGCAGUCUGCUCUGGUUGCGUUUGCUGAUUUAUAUGUUCCAGUAGUAGCAGCCCUGGAAGAGGUGAGUCAAGGUAGACACUGGAGUCCUGAUUCAGCUGGAGCAGCUUCCACACUUCUAUCCUCCAUCACUCAGUUUAGUUUCAUAUGCGCAUUUUGUAUUUCUAAACAUGUUCUUGAAUACUUUCAUGGUCUCACCACAGCGCUGCAAAAGACAAGCAAAGACAUUUGUAAUGCAUAUCAAGAAGUGAAAACUGUGACAGAGACAUUGCACAGAGUUCGUGAGGACAUUGACAUCUAUCAUGGACAGUGGCCUAGACUUGCUGAAUCUAUGGCUGAGAAGGUAGGAGUCAACGCAUCCCUACCAAGGAUAUGUUGUAGACAGACCAACCGUCAAAACACACCAGCAGCAACCCCUAAAGAAUGCUUCAAGCGAAAAAUCGCCAUUCCUUUGGGCGAUGAUAUGUGCAACCAAAUGAGAGAUAGAUUCUUGAACAUGCAGCAGCUUGCUUUCAAGGGUCUAUACCUCAUUCCUUCGACCUUCCUUGAAGAUCCUGCCAGGUCCCGAGAUGCUGUUUCCAAAUUUGCAGAAGAGUAUCGAGAAGACCCUCCUGACCCUUCCCUUCUUGGCCUACCAGCUGAGUUAGAUUUGUGGGAAGUUCACUGGAAAAGCAGAGCUGCCACUGAAGUGCUUCCUCACACUACCUCUGCGACACUGGUGUGUACCAUGGGAAAUAUAUUUCCAAAUAUGCAAUGUCUUCUGGCUCUUGUGUGCACAAUUCCAUUCUCAGCAGUAGAGUGUGAAUGGUCGGUGAGUUGCUUGAGGCGCUUGAAGACAUACUUACGUAGUACUAUGGGCGCUAAUCGUCUGACUGCUCUUGCUCUUUUGCAUACACUAUAA